UUCUUUCCCCCUCUGGCUUCUUUUUUAGAGCCGGAGUUUUAAGUGGUAGGCGGAGUCCGUGACGUUUCGAGUGUUCCAAAACACGCGCGAAAAAGAAUAUUUUCUCUCGUUUUCCGCGCGCGAGGUAGCAGACGAUACAGGAGAAACAUUUUUCGGAAAUUCGAGAGUGGCAAUGUACUCUUUUUUGCUGUUCCUCGGUGUAGCUCUUUCUGCCGUACCCUUCGUAAUACUCGACUGCUCCGAAUUCUGGUUGUUUUCGGAAGCUGCUGGUGAAAGGAAUAAACCACACAUUCACAAGAGAUCGUCUGCCACCGAAGCCUGCCAGAAACCUAAUGUGCUUGGUAGCCGAGUGAAUACAACUGACAGAUUAAGGCGUUUACGAUUGAGGAUGAAAGCUAGUGGCUACGAUGCUUAUGUUAUACCUUCCAUUGAUGAGCAUCAGAGCAAGAUAAUGACUGAUCACGAUAAACGUCGUGAAUUCAUAUCCGGAUUUACUGGAUCAUCAGGGACUGCUGUGGUUCUCUCUGAAUCGGCUGCCCUGUGGACGGACGGACGAUAUUUCAUUCAGGCGGAGCAAGAACUUGACUGCAACUGGAUUUUAAUGAAGAGAUACGAGCCCGGUGUGCCUGAGCCUGACGACUGGAUCAUUCGAACUCUUGGUGCUGGUGGGAGGGUCGGAGUGGAUCCCAAACUGCUUCCUUACAAUGUGUGGAUGACCUUGAAAGAAAAAUUAACUCACGAAGGCUUGUAUCUCAUGGAAGAUAGUAGCAAUCUAAUAGAUGACAUUUGGAAUAUACCACAGGGUCGAGCACCUGAAUCCAUCUCUCAUGUGUUCAUACAUGAUAUAAAGUAUGCUGGACAGCCAUGGGAAGAGAAAGUAAACAAACUGAAGCAGGUCUUGAAAGAUAAAGCAGCCAAUGGAACAGUUGUGACUGCCUUAGAUGAAAUUGCAUGGUUAUUCAACCUGAGAGGGAAUGAUAUUGCUGACACUCCUUUAUUUAAAGCAUACUCUUUUAUAUCAUCAAAUCAAAUAAGAUUGUAUAUAAAACCUCUGAAGUUGACUCCAGAAGUUGAAAAGCACUUGUGUCCAAAUUUAAAUAAUUAUUCAGAAUGUGUGCAAUUAGAAGACUAUGUCAAUGCUUUUGAAGACAUGAAAAAGGUUAUGCCUGAAUCAGGAAAAAUUUUAAUUUCUUCAUCUUCUAGUUAUGCUGUUGCUAAUUUAGUACCCGAAGAAAAUAGAAUAAUAAAUGUAGAACCUUCUCCUGUUGCCCUUAUGAAAGUUAUUAAAAAUCCUGUUGAAAUCAAAGGGAUGAAGAAUGCUGCAUUAAAGGAUUCUGUGGCUAUUGUUGAUUUUAUUGCCCUUCUUGAACAGCAAGUGCAGCAAGGAAAGCAUUGGGAUGAAAUAAAAGCUGCUAAAGUUUUAGCUCAGUUUAGGAAAGAACAAGAAGGAUUCCAGGGCGAAAGUUUCACUACAAUUUCUGCUGUAGGUCCAAAUGGAGCUGUUAUUCACUAUCGUCCACAAAUCAUUAGUAACAGAAAUAUUAAUAUGAAGGAUCUGUUCCUUUUGGAUUCUGGUGGACAAUAUCUGGAUGGUACAACAGAUGUCACUCGCACUUUUCACUUUGGAACUCCCACAGAAUUUGAAGUGGCUACUUACACAAGAGUUUUAAUGGGAGCCAUUGAUUUAAUUACUGCGGUUUUUUCAGAAAAAAUUAAAGAUGUUGAUUUAGAUAUUUUAGCAAGACUUCCACUAUUUCAAAUUGGAUUAGAUUAUCUGCAUGGAACUGGCCAUGGUAUAGGACACUUUCUGGGUGUGCAUGAAGGUCCUGUAUCCAUUUCGAAAGCUGGUAAUGGCAAAGGUUACGCAUUGAAACCAGGAAUGUUUCUAUCUGAUGAACCUGGUUAUUAUGAGAAAGGUAAAUUUGGAAUACGACUGGAAACAAUGAUGAUGGUCAUCAAAGCUCAUGUACCACAUGCCUUCAAUGACAUGAAGUUCUAUACAUUUGAGCCUGUCUCAUUUGUACCUUUUGAACCUAAAUUGAUAGAUCUAAACCUGUUGAGUGUGAAACAAAAAGAGUUUUUGAACCGGUUCAAUGUUAAAGCGAGGAACACCGUUGGGAUCGAGCUGCAAAAGCAAGGCCGCGAAAGGGGCCUGCGUUGGCUGCUGUCCAGAACAGAACACAUCCCAGUCAAUGACUGUCGAAAUCACUCCCCGGGUGGAAUUGAACCGUGCCAUUUUAUGAUUUUAUGUUUAGUUGCUAGUUUAGUCUUCUGGUGAUCAUUGUUUUGUUUGUUAACAUCUCAGUUGCUGUAACAUCCACAUAAAAGGACAUUGCGCGCUUCAUGAUAUCCAUAGACAUAUACCGAAGAAAGAAUUUAUAUUAAUUCUGUAUACAUUUGAUGUUUGCAUUUUAUUUAUGUUGUAUUAAUAUUUAUAUAAAUUAUAUGAUUUAAAUUUAUUUUUGAAAUCUAAUUUUUAUAAUGUUGAUUAAUAAAAGAUUUUAUCAGAUAAAUGGUGACACUUUUGGGUAUAAUAUUUGUUAUGUACCCAACAGUUAUACUAUUGGGAAUAAAUUUCAGUAUGCCCAUUUUUAGACUUAACUUAUAUUUUAUAAACCCAACAUUUGAAAAGAAUAAUAGAAAAAUUGCAAAUACUUCAUUGUUUGAAAGUGAAUUUUUGCAUUAAAUUGUGGCAUUACACAAUUUGUACUGAGUUUCAACAGAAACUACUUACUUUGAGAUAUUUUAUAAUACUGAACCUUGAGUCCAUAAAAUGACAUUUAGUAUCCAGUUAUGUAACUUGUGUUCAAAUGUGGCUCUGAAAAAAAGAAAUGCAUGUUAAAUUUCUGAUACAAAUUAUUAAUUGUGUUUUCUUUUUACUUUAAUUAUUAAGAAAUUUUUUUUAAAUGAUUGUUGUGUGCGUGUGUGUGUGUGUGUGUGUGUGUGUGUGUGUGUGUAAAACUAAAAUUAAAAUUCUGACAAAAUAUGCUAAAUGGAAAUUAUUUGUUGUUGCAUUAAAAAAAGGAAGAGUGUUAAAAGUGGAAAUUAGAAAAUCAAACACAUUCAUAUUCUUAUUCUUGCUAAAGUAUCUAAGGUUGCAAAUACCUUCAUAAAAUCUUCUGUGGUAUUUCACUAUUUUAUUGAAACUGAUUGCUCAAUUAAUUGUUAAAAAGGAAUGAAAUUUACUUGGUCUAAAAUUUCCUCCUAAAAUUAAUUUAAUUUUAGAAAUGGUGUAAUACUGCAUCGUUAUACAUUAUCAUUAUUAUCAGACCAUCUCAAAUUUGAAUGUGCAUCUGCUUUGUAACUUGGAGAUUGUCAGUUCUGUCUCUCUCCGAAAUAUAUGAGUUCCUAAUAGCAAGUUCACAUUAUACUUAAUUACCAUAAUUGAUUGAUUCGUCUGAGAUAAUUUAAAUAAUCUUUGCAUCAAAAAUUGCAGUUCUGCGCAUCUUAAGUAAUCCCUUGCCUCCAGGAUGACUGAGUUUCAUAUAGGUAUCAUCAAUUUUAAUUCUGUUACUUUUAAGGAGACUUCAAAUGCUUCUUUAAGGGGAUAUGCUACUUAAAAAUUUGGCAUAAUAUUGAUAUCCAUUUUAUUAGCUUAUUCUACAUUUUUGCUCAUUAUGUGAAAGUUGAAUGUUAUAUCUUUAAAAUUUCGAAACUGUUUAGAUUUUUGUUUUGUUAACAAAUGAAAUACUUAUUUAAAUGAGAAUUUCUUCCAUGUUGGGUUUUUUUAUUACCAUCAUGUUAUAAUAAUUCUGAGGACUUUUUUCCGGUUUAAUAGAAAAUUUUCAAUUUAUUUAUAUUUGUUUAUCGUUAUGGGCAUAAAAGUAUGUCUGCAGUUAGCAAGUUCUCUGUUUCGCUCUCACUUUCUGUCUAUCGUAUAUAAUUAUAUAUAUAUAUAACAUAUUUUAGUAGCCAAACAGAAAUAAACUUUUGAAAUUUUAAAGAUCUGGGAGGCAUAUCAUUUACAAGAAGUGAUGAUGAAACUGACAUUUGUUUACAUUGCGAGACAAGAGCAAAGGAGAGCGACAUUUUCCAUUCAGUGGUUUUUACUAUGAGAUUCUGAUAGGAAUUUCUUUGACAUGCGCAGGCUUAGGAAAGGGAAAUUCAGGUAUUUUUAAAAGAAUGUUAUAAACAUUAAAGAUUUUUAUCCCUUCACUUGGAGCAGGUGAACCUACUGAAUUCAAUAGUUUUAAAGAGCAUGUGCAAAAUUAGUUUAAUAAAAAGCGGAAAUUGGAUUAGUAAAUAAGAUAACAUUUUAGAAUGAAGUUUUUAUAGGUUAAUUUCAAAUGAAAAUGAGAAAAUUAAGAUUUAAUUUAGACUAAAAAAAUAUUAUAUAUAUAAGUAAUUAAAAGAUACAUAAUGAAAUUCCAAAUUUUCUUAUUUUUUACUAUACGUAACAGUAGAAAUGUUAUUUUAAUAUUAAAUGUAUUUUCAAACCCAUACACAAUUUUCUCUAAUAUACUUUAGUGUAUCUACAAAUGUAGUUUGAAGUGUAUAUUCGAAAAAGUAUUUGAGAAUUGAUUUUUUUAGCAGUUUUAAUUUUUUUCUAAUUUUCAAUAUUAGAUUACAUUGUUUUGAAAUUCUGUUUUCAUUGUUUCAUUAAAUAUUCAAUUGCAUGAUUUUUUUUGUUGUUGUUGAAAGCUAAAGAAAAAAGAUUCUGUUUAAUAUAUAUGUGUAGUAUACAAGACAAAUAAAAGAAUGGCUUAUAGUACCGUGAAAUUUAAGAGGGAGGAAUCGUACACUUAUAUUUUUAAAAAUGCUAUGAUGUCAUGGGACUAGUCUCUGUUAGAAAGACAGAUAUGUAAGACAAUUAAAAUAACACAACUUUAAUGUAUAAAAAUUUAUCAAAAUCGCAGACAAGAGGUUAUAUUGACACGAUUUAACUGAAAUGAAAUUUAACCUAUAUUCCUGACUAACUUCUGGUCGCUAAAGAUAACUAGCACUUAAAAUUAAGAAAGAAAAAAUAUGUUUGGAAUAAAAUGUGUUCUCUUAAAAAGUGAUCAUAUCAUUGGUUUGUAAUCGUGAUAUCUGCACCCAUGAGGAUGUCUAAAAUCACAUUGAACAGAAAUAUUGUUCAGAUAUUUGUUUUAUCCCUUAUAUCUUAUGUUUCAUUAAAAAUGUUGAUUCACGUCUUAAGUUUAUGGUUUUGUUGUGUUAUUUAUUUGAUAGUCAAAAAGAAUUAAAGUUAUUAGAGAAUGAAGUUUUUUAAAAAACUUGAAGAUAUAUAAUGAUGGAUAAUAAGGGUGUUUAAAAAAAUGUUAAUAUACUCUUUGGAAGUUAUUUCAUGUCAGCAUUUUGUAAACAUUGUAUAGACUUUGUCCUCCUCGUUUAAUUUUAUAGGCAUUCAUUUACUAAUCUAUGAAUAAUGGACAAGUUCUGUUUAAACAAUUUUAAUCCUAUAUGUAUUGUUGGACUUCAUCUCAUCUAUUUUAUCUAUGUGUCCUUUAUUCAUUGAUAUUUAGAAUAUAUUUAUUUGUUUGAU